CAGAUGCUGUUGCAAUGAAGAAUCUUAGAGUAGGAUGUACUUCAAAACAGUAUAUUUUUUAUCAAUUGCUAUACAAAUUAAAGCCUUUCUGCAGGAUUCUGGAGUGCGUCAGCUUCAGCCAUGGAUUUACUCUAUAUUUCCCAUUUCGGAAGACAUUUAUGUAAAUUGGAACUUUUCAACACAUUUAAAUCUUCACUGCUUUGACAACGAAUUGCAAUACAAGGACAAACAUGACCCACAAUGGCAGAAAAUGUUUACCACGGGAAAAUUAACUGCCCAGAUCCUCAAAACAGACUUUGAACAGUGCUAUUUUUUCAGAGUAAGAACAAAAUUCAAUAGCAAUUGUGCAGAACCUGGCAAGUGGAGUGACUGGAGCUCAAUAGUCAAGUUGCAAAAUGGUUCAAUUAUAGAAUCAUGUAUAGAAAAAGAGAAUCCAUCAAUGAAGAAUUUGCAAGAAUUAUUAUUUUUACCAGUUGUGCCCAUUAUUGCUCUACUUAUUUAUUCAAUAUACAAAAUAAAAUGCAUACGAUUGUCUGUUUUGCCAAAAAUUCCACAUCCAAGGAACGAUUUCCUUCAAGGUAUCCAUGAGUUGCACAAGGAAAUCUUUAGCUUUAAUGAGCAGUGUGAAAACUAUAAGAUAGCAGAUUUUGAAGAUAUAUAUAUUAUUGAAGAGGAAGAAGAAGACAACAAAGAAGAUUCCAACAACCCUGUGAACAGCAUAACAACUAUGCAAUUGUAUGAACAAUCAGCAUUGCUACCAGCAAAUACCAGCCUAAUCAACCAUGAAGAACAUGCAAACUUUACAAUGAAUGAAGCAAUGUAUGUGACUUGGUAAAUUGCUGCAGCACAUAAAGCUGCAAAUAAGAAAUACCAGUGUAAUUAGAUAAUUAAGUAUAUUCCACUACUCUUCUGUUGUGCAAACAUUCUUUAAGAGUGG